ACACAGCGCACGUUAGCCAGGAGCAGUUGAAACUGAAACGGGCGGAGAAACUGAUGAGAGAAGGCGGACAUUUCGAAGGCGCCCUCCCAACUGUGCAAACCAAACUCACCCACAUUUCUUCUCGAUUUUGCCCCCCAACUUCUUCUCUAUAAAUACUCAUCUCCACCUCACUCCUUUUUUUCUUUCAUAUCACACCAUUUCUUCUCCCCAUUCUCUCACUCUCCUCCGUCGUCCAUGGAGUCCGUCGCCGUUCUCCGAUCUGUUCACUAUUCUGUAGGUGCUAUUUCAAAUGUUCGGUCAUUUAUUGAGAGACCUACCAUGGUCCCCAUGUAUAAUGCCACGUGGCCUACCUCAAAUACAUUGCAUGUCCAAGGCUUGACAGUUGGUGGAAAGCUCAUUUCUUCUCCAAUUAAGCAGAAAGGAACACUAAUUUCAUGUGUAAAGACACCUGAAACUGCAGGAACAGCUAAAUGUGAUGAUGGCAAUCCUCAAGGCUUACUGCAGAAGGAUACUCUUCCAAGUGCAACUUUUCCUAAUGGAUUUGAGGCUUUGAUUUUGGAGGUCUGUGACGAGACAGAUGUUGCUGAGCUGAAGCUAAAAGUUGGAGACUUUGAAAUGCAUCUGAGGCGAAAUGUAGGAGUCACAAACCCACCCAUGCCUGUCAUUGCACCUACAGCACCACCAACUGUUUCAGCUAAACCCCCAGUUGAAUCAGCUCCUGCUGCCCCACCAUCAUUACCGCCAAAGCCCUCUCAAGAGAAAAUCAGUCCAUUUACAAAGAGCCUCUUAGAGAAACCUUCAAAGUUACGGGCCUUAGAAGCUUCUGGAGCUAAUGCAUAUGUUUUGGUGUCUUCUCCAACAGUUGGUUCAUUUCGAACUGGGAGGACACUGAAAGGAAAGAGGCAACCUCCUGUAUGUAAAGAGGGUGAUGUGAUUAAAGAAGGACAAGUGAUAGGCUAUUUGGAUCAAUUUGGCUCUGAACUUCCUGUAAAGUCAGACACAGCUGGAGAAGUUUUGAAGGUCAUCUUCAAUGAUGGAGAAGCUGUUGGUUAUGGAGACCCCCUUGUCGCUGUCCUGCCAUCAUUUCAUGGUAUUGAGUGAGGUUCAUCUCCCCUUUCCAUUAGUUCUUGCGGUAAUCAUUGUUUGAGAGGCUUAGAUUUGUAGUUUGCCUUUUGACGGUUGGUUUUUUCUUUCCAACUUGUUUUUCUAGCUUUUACAAAUUAGGGGACACAGCUGUCUUCUUUGAUGUAUUUGUUGUUGCUUUCCGGUAAACUUAAAUUGAACUACAAUUUGGGAAAAGGUUUUAUCAUUUGUAUCGAGAUAAUACAAUUUCAGAAAAGAUGUUGGCCCCAUUUUGGAUUGUA